AUGAACGCCGCAACGCCGGCACAAACGCACAACGCAGCCCCAUCGGGGACCUCUCACUGGUGGGGAACAUCCGACGCCUCGACGGCUACCGUCAUCAUCAUAUUCAUCGAUAUUGCCAUGGGCGUGGCUCUGUUUUUUGGCGGAUUGGUCCCUCUGACAGCUGGCAGCGUUGGCGAGAAGAAGCAAGAGUUGGUUGAAAUGGAGGAAGAGGAGGAUUGA